AUGAAGAAGGUACUGGUGGUGGGUGCCGGUGCUUCAGGGCUACCGGCCUUGAAGACCGCGUUGGAGUACGGAUUUGAUGCACGAUGCUUUGAGAGAUCAGACCAAAUUGGGGGAUUGUGGAGGUACAAGGAAAAUCCUCUGAAUGGUGAGCUUUUUUAUCAAAAUUUUAUUUGUGUUCAAUAGAACUAAUUUUUGUUACACUUUAUAUUAACAAACAAGUUAUUUACUUAUUUUUAUAAAAUGUUUCAGCUGGUCGUUUUAAGAUUUUUUAAUUUUUAACUACCAAAUUACACAUGAUUAUUUGUGGCAAGGUGUUAAAAUUCGACGUCCCAAUUAGUACAAUGAUGUGCGUAUACGAAGUGUACGCAUAUUUGCGUCAUUUCCGUUUCGUUUACUUUCACUUGGAGGUUUCACUUGAUCUUCAACUAGUUAUAAACAAAAUUUUAUUACUUUUUAUAGCGGGAGCAAAAGUAACAUCCAGAUAAAUGAUUAUGAUAGUAAAAACUGAUCAACAAAUAAUUUGUUGUUUACUUACAGUACUUGUUUUUAAAGUAUUUAUAGAAAAUUUUAUUAAAGUCUUGGUAAAAAUUUUUUGAAUACACAUAGUAAAUACACAAUGUGUACAUAAUAAAACAUACUUUACUUAUAGAUGAAGGCACAGUAAUGAAAAGCACAGUGAUCAACACAUCAAAGGAAAUGACCGCUUACAGCGACUUUCCUCCAUUGGAUGAUGCCCCCAAUUACAUGCACAACUCAGAGAUGUACAGUUACCUACACAGAUAUGCUGAUCACUUCAAGCUGCGAUCAAAAGUAUUCUUUAAGCAUCAGGUUUUGAGUAUUCAGAGGGCCAAGUGUUUCUCUGAGAACGGCCAAUGGAAGGUCAAGUACGAAAUCAUGGAGUAGGUUUCUGUAGUCUUACUGUACAUGCUGUAUUUGUUGCAAGAUUACUGUAGAAUAAGAUACUUAAUAUUAAACUAAAAAUGAAAAUUUUGUAUUAUAAUGUGUUGAGUAGUACUACAACAAUCAUUACAGCACCAACGAGAUCCUGGAAGAGACCUUUGAUGGUAUCAUGAUGUGUACUGGCCAUCACUCCAUCCCCUAUAUCCCAGACCCUUUUCCUGGCCAAAACCUAUUCAAAGGUGAAGUAUUGCACAGUAAGAAGUACCGUACUUGCAAAGGCUUUGAGGAUAAGGUUGUUGUAGUAGUUGGCAUAGGCAACUCAGGAGGUGAUAUUGCUGUAGAGUUGAGUAAAGUCGCCAAGAAGGUGUACUUGUCGACAAGAAGUGGAUCGUGGAUUAUGAACAGAGUCUGGGACUACGGAGAACCAUCAGAUCUGGCAUUGUUGAAUCGUUUUACGUUCUGGGCGAAGGGAUUGGCUCCACAAUGGCUUCAAAAUACGUGAGUUUUUUGAGAUAUUGUUAGUACUCAGUAAAUACUUUAUAUAAUACCGCAGUUAUGUGUUAUUUUAGAGUAAUGGAAAGCAAAGUAAAUCGUCGUUUUGACCAUGGCAGGUUUGGUGUCAAACCAAACCAUCGUUUUCUCCAAGCACAUGUUACAGUAAACGACGAAUUACCGAACAGACUUAUCAGUGGCACUGUAGUCGUAUGUUAUUUUAAAUUUUUAUCUAUUCAACCUUUUUUAUGCUUAAACUUAUACUUUAAUGACAAUUUUAUUGGUAUGAAGUUCAGUGGCUCAAUAUUUUUUAUACGAUCUAAUAGCUAUGCCUGUUUUCAGAUCAAACCCAACAUUUCAAAAUUCACGGAGUCCGGAGUCAUUUUCGAAGACAAUACCGUGGUAGAAAACGUGGAUACCGUAAUCUUGGCUACCGGCUACUCCUUCAACUUUGAUCUGAUCGAAGAUGGUCGAUUGAUCAAGGUGGAGAACAACCGUGUCCUACUGUACCAGUUAAUGUUCCCUCCCCAAUUGGCCCCAAACAAUUCCCUAGCCAUUAUUGGGUUGAUCCAGCCGACUGGUAGUAUCAUGCCCAUCUCGGAGAUGCAAUGUCGAGUGUUUUGUGCUCAACUGGCAGGCAAGGCUAAGCUCCCGAGUCAAAUGAAAAUGACAGAAAGCGCGUUGAAGAUGAAUAUCGACAACUGUAGACGUUUCAUCGAUAGGCGACGACAUACGUUACAGGUAAGAUACCGAGACUACUCUGCCUUACUCUGUUUUAAUAUAUUCUACCCUACCCUACGUUACCCUACCCUAGCUUACCAUGCUCUGUAUUUUAGGUAUACUACGUGAACUACAUGGACAGUUUGGCCAAGCUGAUCAAUGUUAAGCCUAAAAUAGUAAAGGCUCUGUUGACUGACCCUCGGCUAGCCAAACACUUGAUCUUCCAUGGUCUAGUGCCAUAUCAAUAUCGACUAAAUGGUCAACACUCGUGGCCUGAGGCAAGAAAAAACAUAAUCGAGUUUGACAAGCGAGUGUUCAACUGUACUAGGACCAGACUGACCAAAGAAACGGCCAAGGCCAAGCCUAAGGGCAGAUGGGACUUGUUUAGACUGGUCUUAUAA